AUGUACUCCUUCAAAAUCAACAGCCACGUGUCCUUCCCAUUGGAGGGCCUCGAACUCCGACCUUUCCUGGCCAAGGACAGCCCCUCCCAGAUCACAACCUAUGACCUCUUGUCCGUCAUCUGUCACCAUGGCACUGCAGGCAGUGGGUGACCCUUGACUGAAUUACCUAACAUUUAAAGACGCCCUCCAGCUAUUUUUAACAUGUUUGUUUGGCUGAUAUUGGUUGUGAUUCACCGCAGCAUAGUCCUUUGUGUGUCAGGUGUUUUCUUCAUAGCUUACAAUCUACACUUCUGCAAUUCCAUUACUCAACCUAUUUUUCACUAACUCCCCCUUAUCUCUUCCUCUGUCUUUCUCCUCCUAAUCUCUCUCUCUUCCCCUCCCUCCUAGGCGGUCACUACAUAGCGUACUGUCAGAACGUGAUUAACGGUCAGUGGUAUGAGUUUGAUGACCAGUAUGUAACGGAGGUCCAUGAGACGGUGGUGCAGAAUGCUGAGGCCUAUGUGCUCUUCUACAGGUGAGACUUCAACCUUCAUUAUGUAAGAACACUUUAAACGUUUUCAUGUUUGGUUGACCCGAAUAAUGUAUUUGAUUUUGUGUGUGUGUAUACGUGGGCCUAUAUCUGUGUAUACACGCCUGUAGCCCAAAGGCCGGCAGAUGGCGAUUUGAGUCGUUUCCAUCUUACCGUACAAACGCAUUGUAUGCAGCCAUCGAUACACUCCUAUCCCCCGUGGACCGGUUCGUGCCUAAAACAUUCUCCAUUCAGGCUGCAAAGGCGUCAAUUUCCUCUUUAACUAGAUUGAAUGGCGAGAAGGCAGAAAAAAAACUGGGAAAGUAUGCAUACUUUCUUUAUGAAACACCAUUUUCCACCACCAUGCUAAAGUGGCUAAUGCCUAGGAAUGCUAGUCACGAAUGUUGCGUAUCGCAUUCAGCCAAUCAGGUUGCAGCAGUUGGUUGUUUACCCCUGGCUGAACGCAGGGCGCAACAUCAGGAAGGAGCAUUGGCCAUUAGCAUGGUGGUGGAAAAUGGUGUUUCAUAAAGAAAGUGCGCAUACUUUCCCAGUUUUUUUUCUGCCUUCUCGCCAUUCAAUCUAGUUAAAGAGGAAAUCAACGCCUUUGCAGCCUGAAUGGAGAAUGUUUUAGGUACGAACCUGUCCACGGGGGAUACGAGUAUAUUGCCGGUUGCAUACAAUGCGUUUGGAUAGUAAGAUGAAGCCAUCAAUACCAGAUCAAUAUCGCCAUCUGCCAGUCUUUGGGCUAACGCGUGUUUGUGUGUGUCUGCUCACGUGUCUGUGUGUGUGUGUCCACGUCCACAGGAAGAGCAGUGAGGAGUCGAUGAGGGAGAGGCAGAAGGUGGUGGCUUUAGCUAGCAUGAAGGAGCCAAGCCUGCUGCAGUUCUACAUCUCCAGAGAGUGGCUGAACAAGUUCAACACUUUCACUGAGCCAGGACCCAUCAGCAACCACACCUUCCUCUGCCAGCACGGAGGUCAGUACUGUACUGGACCUACCACCACAACCCAUCCUAAACAUCAACCACACUCAAUCCAUAUAAGACCUGGGCUCACUUCAAGUAGUACUUGUUUUCUUUCAAAUACUUUAAGCUGCGCUUGAUUGAGCUUCCUGGCGCAGUGGAAGCAGUAGAGUACUGAGUAGUCCCAAAAGUGCUAACUCUGUCCAUUUGGUCUGAGGGCCUUUCCCGUUUAAGAUAUUCUAUUUCUGUCCUCACUAACCCCACCUUUAAAUCCCAAGCACAACCACUUUCAACCCCAAUUGAAAUAAUCUCAGACUUGUGUUUUAUCCAGGGAUCCCGCCCAAUAAAUACCACUACAUUGACGACCUGGUGGUGAUCCUGCCCCAGAACGUGUGGGAGUACCUGUACAACAGGUAA